AUGUUGAAGAACGCGUUGCGCGUGCUUCCAGAAGUUAAGGAAGCUUCAGUCCGUCUGGCUCAUCACGGUCCGCCAAAGUCAAGACCGAUUCCUGCCUUUGCUCCAGAUGAGAAUCGUGAAGCUUUCGCACACUUUUUCGAUCCUGUCGUAAGUUGGUUAGCUUUAUUUUCUUAGAAUUUUAGGGAGUUUUGAGGAAGUAUAUCGUCGGAGAUUUUCAAUGGACCUUGAGGAUCCAAAAGUGAUGUAAAUCUUUGAAAAUCUGAAUAAUUAGCUCCCCAAAGGGUUGAUAAGUUAAACAGUAUAAAAAAGAUAUUCCAGUAUAAGAUUUGCGGAUAUAUGGCUGAACUUUGAAGCUGCAUAUUAUAGUAGAUAUUAAUAGAGGUUACGGCAGGAUAACUGAAGUAAAUGGACGUAAUCUGGCCAAAAUAAUUAAAAUGUAGUUUUUUUACGUUUUUAUGAACAUAUCACAUCUUUUUUGUCAUACGUUUUCUCUAAUUUCGUCAAAAUUCACCAUUUUAAUAUCCAUACGACAUCACUUCACCUAAAACAAUAUAAAUUUAGGAAAAAGUGGCUGCUCCUAGCAAGGACCCAUACCCAAAUCGUCGCAUUGUGUGUACGCCUCCAUCGCCCGUGUACAACGGCGUAGCCAGAAAGCUGGGAUACAAGGAGACCAAGGCAGGCUUUAUUGACUUGAAUAUCUUGGUCUGA